AGGUACCGGAGAUCACGCGCGAGGAGGCUGUCAAGCUGAUCCCGUCGGCCCUCGGAAACCUCGUCCUGCACGUCGGCGCCAUCAUCGCUUUCUUCGGCGGUGCGGUAUCCUUCGUGCACGUGGUGAAGGCCUCGGAGCCAGUGAUCUCCGCGCUGCUGAACUACCUCUGCAUAGGCGAGGUGCUGCCGUGGCCGGUCUACGCGUCCCUGGCCCCCAUCAUCGGCGGCGUUGCCCUCGCCAGCGCCAAGGAGCUCUCGUUCACGUGGCUCGGCUUCGGCGCCGCGAUGGCGUCCAACGUCGGGGCAGCGGGACGAGCCGUGUGGUCCAAGAUGCUCAUGGGCCAGACUAUAGGUAAGAACAUGGACUCGGCGAACACGUUCUCCGUCCUGACGAUCAUGGGGACGGUGAUGCUCAUCCCUGUUUAUCUGAUUGUGGAGAAGCCUUUAAUCGCCUACCAGGCCUUCAACGCGGCGCUGGCGUCUGGCGGCAGAAGUUUCUUGGUGCACAUGUUCAGCAGCGGCUUCUGCUAUUACAUGUACAACGAGCUCGCAUUUCUGGCUCUCGGCAAGCUGGACCCCAUAUCCCACGCAGUGGUGAACACAAUGAGGAGCACCGUUCGUUUACGCUGCUCACGCUGCUCCUCCGCCUCUGUUCUGCCGCGUUGUCCAACUGGCAAUAGGCGUUGUCGUUUGUCCCAGAUGGGAUUACUUUAGAUGUGACGAUGCAGAGGCCGAUUGUUAUGAUAUCGAAGGCUUUGAUCGUAUGAGACGGAUGAUCGGGCUACCCGCCUUCUCCGUACUGAGUGUUAUUUGCGAUUCUAGAUUGAUUCUUCGCAUCAGCGUGCUUUUGCGGGUCAUGCUUUAUCGCGUUAGUGUGCGCCAGCAGGGCGUCGCAGCUUGCUGCCCGAGUGACGAUAUCGGUCAGUCAAUCGGUUUGCGAAUGGGAGAGUAGGUACGGGUCAGGGUCGUGACAUCCUCCAACUCUCCAAAAUCGCACCAGGCGAGUGGUCAUCAUUGUAGCCGCGAUCGUUGUCUUCAACACGAAGAUUACACUAUUGGGCGGCGUUGGCAGCUGUAUCGCGAUUGCUGGUACACUCAUCUACUCUUUGACCAAGAGCAGGUUCAAAUAACGAUGAACACCUUUCGGCAAGAAGAUGUGGGCCUCCUGGUGCACGCAAUUCAUGUCGCGUAAUUCGCGUGACGGCUUAGGCGCGCAUCCUUCUCAACGGAGAGGGCUGGUGCAUCCGCGGACUUCUGUGUGGUCCGUGUGCGCACUCGGUUUUACGCAUCAGUCGUUGCAAUACUCGUCGCGCGUCCUCUCCUCCACAAUCAAGAGCAAACAGCA